UCCAAGAGACUUUUGACGCCUUAAACCAACUUAAUUCAAGGAAAUCACCAGGACUGGACGGCAUAAGUGUAAAACUAUUAAAAGAUACAAGCGAUGUUAUCGCGCAACCAUUAGCCAACAUCUUUAAUCUAUCUCUUCAGACUGCAAUUUUUCCGGACGAGUGGAAAAUCGCCAAG